AUGCAAACGGUACAGUGCCAGUACUUUAAAAUUGUUCCGAUUACUGGAAUCCUCAAUUCAGUACCUAUGAACCCAAAUGACACUGAAGAAGAAAUGAAGAGGUUGAAUGAAGCAUCUUCAUCUAACUCGUAUUAUGCUGUGUCAUUUGAUUAUGGUGGGAGUGCAGGUGAACAGCAGCAAACAAAUGAUGAACAAGUCGACAAACGUGAUGAUUCGGCGAGAGCAUCAACACCAGACACCAGUGAUCCAUACAUUGCACACCCUUCCUAUCUGCUACCUGACAACAUAUUAUUGCCAGACAGCAUGAAGAUGCACACGAUCAUUGAGAAGACUGCCUCGUUCAUCAGUUCUCACGGAGGUCAGAUGGAGGUCAUCAUGCGAACCAAACAGAAAAACAAUCCUCAGUUCAACUUCCUCACCCCCGGCGAUGCCCUCAAUGAAUAUUACAAGCACAUGCUCUCCAUCAUCAAGAACAAACAGUACUUGCCCCUCUCACAGCAACCGUCAACAUCACUAUCUGAUCAAUCAAGAGAUGAGCCAGAUAAGCAUGUAGAGGUUUCAAUCAGCUCACAAACGCAGAUACUGUUGCAGCAUGCAAGGCAGUAG